AUGGUGGAGGAAAUAUGGUGCUCUUUGCUACAGAAUGUGCGGGCUAUCGAAGUAACGAGCAAGAAAGAUUCGCUAAAGGCCACUGUAAGUCUUGUACCAUGGAACAGCGUUGAGAAAUGGAUUGAACUGGUAGGGGAGCACUACUUCUCGUUUGAUUUUAGUCGAGCCUUGUUUCCGGUUCUGAGAUGGUUCGGUUUCACCGGCGAUAAACUCACCGAGUACAAUCAAUUUCCAUUCCAAGAAGAUAACAUUAACAACUGGUUUGUACAAGAAGUAACUAGUCCUGGUAAAAAUGAAAAGCACAGAGUGAACAUUAUGAAUGUUGAUGGGAGCGGACGCAAACGCAAAUGUUAUGUUAAUCAAAAUAAUAUUCGAAAUUUUCCAAGUGACCUGAAUAACGAGAACUUUGAAGUUUUUGUUCAUGGGACAAAUCAUGCGGGCGCCAAAAACAUUAUCGAAAAAGGUAUUUUGAAGACUGAAGGAUGGAGGAGGCGAGACUUCAGCUCUGGCGAUGGCUUUUAUUUGGACACAGAUUUCGACCAUGCAUUGGAAUGGGCCAGUGGCAACUCAUCGAGAUCAGCAGUGCUAAUAUGGCGUGUAGAAAGAAACGAGUUUAGAGAAAGGUACAAAGGUUUGGAUUUUAGUAUAGAAAGAAAUCAAGAGCCUUCGUUUCAAAAAGUUGUUUCAAAUUUUCGAUCUGGUCAACCAGAUCCUAGCUUUCGUAAAAAUUUGGACAGGCAGUAUGACUAUAUUGAAGGUCCUUGGUCCGCUGGACCAUGGCCUGAUGACGGCAGGGUUUCGAAAGGACGUGCCACUCCGUUGGACGGAACAUAUCAGUUGUGCCUUAGGAAAGAAGCCUGUUUUGAAGUCUUCAACAGCUGUAAACUGCAUUCAGUAGUAUUUUUUCAAGGAUUGAAGAAAUAAUGGAAAGAAAGAUGAAGAAUUAGACUGAGUCACCUUAUUUUUCAUGUCUUAUGUUUUUUUAUGAACACCGUUUCACACAGCUGGUUAUCUUCUUCAUCAUAUACAAUACUUAUUUUUGUUAGGCUACCUGAGGAAAUAGUUUCCCUUGUCUAUUUCGUUUUUCAAAAAUUUGAUUUUAUGUUAUAUAGCUGACCCUGUGAAACUCAGUGUUUUGAAGUUUCUAGAAGUAAUUUAGUUU